AUGGCCAGCAUCAUGGAAAAGACUAGAGCCUAUGCCGGCGGGCCGACCCUCAACAUUUGCUUUGCAUAUACGGCGAGAUAUGAUAUGGCUGGCGCGGUAUGUGAAGUGGCGAAGAUGGUGAGAGCGGGCGAAGUUAGAGGGGAAGAGGUCACCGAGGAGACAAUUGGAGCAUGUUUGGCGACGGGGUAUGCGAGAGGCGGAGAGAGGGGAGCCCCUUAUCCCCAGCUGCUGGUCAGGACUUCAGGGGAGACGAGGUUGAGCGACUUUUUGUUGUGGGAGACGGCAGACGCGGUGUUAGCGUUCUAUCCGGUGCUUUGGCCAGAUUUGACGAUGUGGGAUUUUGUCCGUCUUCUGUUGGAGUAUCAGGCACAGUGCGAUGGGAGGAAGAAGGGUUUGAUGAGGAGAGGGAUUUGUGAGCAAGGAAAGGGGGAAGCUUGGACAGCCGGUAGCGAGGGACUUGAGGAUAAAGGAGUAGCUGGUCAAUUCGAGAAGUCGAGGGAAGAGUAUUUCGAGGCGAUCAGAGGGUAUCGAGGCGAAGCGAAGGACAGCCAAAGAACGUAA